AUGUUGCUUCCUCAGCGCCUGACGAACAUGAGGCUUCUGCCCAUCCUCGUCGUCUUCGUUGUCUGCAUCUUCCUCCUGACUACGGCUCGCUUCCGCCACAGCUCCUUCGUCCACAGCAUCUCUCACAAGCUGGCUGGCGACCAGUCCAAGCACGACGAAAAGCCCCUUGACGAUAAGACCCAAAAGUUCCAGCCUCCUCAUGCGCCCUCCGAGCGCCCGCCACUGGCGCCCGGCGAGUGCAUCCCCGAGGUCGAGUUCUUGCGCCGCGCCGAGCUCGGCCUCUCUGAUAACAUUGUCUACUCGAGAAGGUGUAUCCGCCCAAUCGGGACCGACAAGGUCGACCGAGAUGUAGUCGCCAACAUCUCCCGCCCUCUGAUCAACCACAAGACCACCAUCAACCUGACCUCGUGCUCCCAUGUCGAGUUCGUCCCUUGCGAUCACCUCCCAUUACAUGUUCCAUUCGCAUAUCCCGAGGAGCAGUACGAUCAUUUCGUGUUUGGCGUCUCAACCACGUACAAACGUCUCGGUGACUCUCUGCCUGCCUUUGCUCACUGGCUCACCGGCACCAAGGCCACCCUUGUCGCUGUGAUAGUCGAUGCCGAAAAGGACGGCGAGGCCAAGAACUUGACUGCGCUCGAGGAGCUGUACGCCCAAUCCGAUGUGAUCUUGUCCACCGCAAAGGGAAAUGCCUCUCUCACCACAGAUCAGAAUCACUUCACCAUGCUCAAGGAUAUUCUAGAUGCCACAACUCCAAAUACAAAAUGGGUCGGGGUCCUCGACGACGACACCUUUUUCCCCAGCCUCUAUCCUCUGAACCAGGCCCUGAAGACAUACGACCACACCAAAUCACUGUGGCUUGGCGCCUUGUCCGAGGACUUUGGCAGCGUUCGCUCCUGGGGUUUCAUGGCCUUUGGCGGAGCCGGCAUCUUUUUGACCAUGUCAUUGGCACGCCAGCUCGAGCCCUACAUCCAUCAGUGCAUAGCCGAGGCUCGCCUGCCCACUGGUGAUGCAAUCCUCCGUGACUGCGUGUACGAUCACUCGACGACGAAAUUGACCCUCGUCCCCGGCUUGUUCCAACAUGACAUGCACGGCGAUGUCUCUGGCUUCUACGAGUCAGGCGUGCGGCCCCUGUCUCUCCAUCACUGGAAGUCCUGGUACAAGGAGCCCGUCGACAAGAUGGCAGCGGUGACGGGAAUAUGUGGCGAUUGUUUCUUGCAGAGGUGGCAAUUCGGAGAGGAUACACUUUUUGCAAAUGGGUACUCCAUCUCUCUUUAUCGGAAUGGAGUAGAGAGCGUCGAUCUCAGCAGGAUGGAGGGCUCGUGGCAUCCCCACGGUCCUGAGUACGACUUUAGUGUUGGUCCAUUACGACCCAAGCUCGGCAAGGAUGAGAAGAGGAGCUAUCGCCUAAAGGAUGUGCAGCUCACAGAGACUGGUGGCUUCAGGCAGAUCUACGUUUACAAAGCCGACUGGGAGGCUGGCGAGGAGAUGGACGAGGUCGUUGAACUGCUCUGGGAGAGCUGA